AUGGCUACGAGUCAGCUUCGGUCCUUGCAGGGCGUCACCAACGACCAGCAGCAGCACCCACAAGUGCCCGAUAUGCCGCUGGCCAAGAUCAAGAGCAUAGAGUAUUUCCGCGUCAAGCCGCGGUGGCUGUUCGUCAAGAUCUGCGACGACCGGGGCUUCCACGGCUGGGGCGAGGCGACGCUCGAGGGCCACACCAAGGCCGUCGAGGGCGCGCUGGACGAAAUUAUCGACCGCAUUGUCGGUUAUGAAGCUGAUGAUAUCGAACAUAUAUGGCAGACAGUGUGGCGGCUGGGAUUCUACCGUGGAGGUCCGGUCUUCAUGUCUGCGUUAUCGGGCAUUGAUAUUGCUCUAUGGGACCUGAAAGGUCGGAGAUUGAACGUCCCUGUCUAUCAACUGCUAGGCGGCAAGGUCCGCAACAAGGUCCAAGUUUACGCGUGGAUCGGCGGCGACUCGUUCAAGGACGUUGAAGGAGCGGCCAAAGCACGCGUCGCGCAGGGUCUGAAGUGCAUCAAGAUGAACGCCACGGGGGCCGUCAACUGGCUCGACUCGCCCGCGGUUCUGGACGCCACAAUCGAACGACUCAAGAUCGUCAAGGCCCUGGGCCUCGACGCCGGGCUCGAUUUCCACGGCCGCCUCCACAAGCCCAUGGCGAAGCAGCUUGCAAAAGCGCUCGAACCAUACCGGCCGCUGUUCAUCGAGGAGCCUUUGCUGGUCGAGCACCCCGAGGGCCUAAAGCAGUUGUCGGAGAGCACGACGAUCCCAAUCGCGUUUGGGGAGAGGCUCUACACGCGCUGGGACGUCAAGCGCUUUUUGGAAGAUGCGAGCAUCGACAUCCUCCAGCCGGACAUCGCGCACGCUGGCGGCAUCUCGGAGACGCGCCGCAUCGCCGCCAUGGCAGAGGCGUACGAUGUGGCCAUUGCGCCGCACUGCCCGCUCGGCCCCAUCGCCCUAGCCGCCAGCAUGCAGGUCGCGCUAUGUACGCCCAAUUUUGUGAUUCAGGAAAUGUCCCUCGGCAUGCACUACAACGUCGAGGCCGGCGAGGAGGACCUCAACACCUACCUGGUCGACCAGUCUGUGUUCGAGAUUAAGGACGGAUAUGUAGAUGCGCUGAAAGGCCCCGGGCUGGGCAUCGAAAUCGACGAGGACGUCGUGCGCAGGAUAUGUCAGUCGACGGGCCAUUGGCAGUGCAAGGAGUUUUACGGCCCGGAUGGGUCGAUUCGGGAAUGGUGA